ACCUGUCCAGGUUCUGCCGGCCCCAGCCGGAAGCUUAUUCCGCGGACUGUGCACAGUUCUUGAAGGUGGGAACCGAGGAGAAGGCUCGGGGGGCUGGGGAGGGGGGUACCCAGGCCCUGCACAGAUCCCCAGGGGCUCCUGGCAGCAGGAAAGAAGCUACACAACGGAGUGGGGGACUUGUGCCCUGGGGUUUCCUGGCUUCUCGGGGCCUCCUCAGACCCAGGGCUUUUUCUGGCGGAGGCUGAGACUCACUGGUGUCAUCAGGCCCCUCCAUGAAUGAGACAAACAAAACACGUGUGGGGCCCUCGGAGCUCCCCACAGCAUCCGCUGUGGCCCCUGGCCCAGGCACUGGGGCUCUAGCAUGGCCUGUGCUGGUAGGGGUUGUGCUGGGGGCUGUGGUCCUCUCUCUCCUCAUUGCACUUGCUGCCAAAUGCCACGUCUGCCGCCGAUACCAUGCCAGCUACCGGCACCGCCCACUGCCCGAGACAGGAAGGAGGGUCUGCCCACAGGUGGCCGAAGAUGAGGAUGAUGACGGCUUCAUCGAGGACAAUUACAUUCAGCCUGGGACUGGAGAGCUGGGGACAGAAAGUAGUAGGGACCACUUCUCCCUCUGAGUUCUGGUGUUUGGACACUCCCUGCUACCUCCAUGCCCAACAGCUUAAGGACUGGUUAUGACAUCGGAGUCUUGAACCUCAGGGACAGAGGUGGCUGGGGCUUAAAGGUUGGCCAGGGAUGGAGCAAUCCCCACUUCCCUGACACUAGCCACCAAAGUGACAAUGAACCCUCUCUUGCUCAAUGACUCUCAAUGGCUCCCUGCUGUUCUCAGGACAAAGCCAAACAAAGGCUUGAGUGUGGACUUAAGGCCCUCUGUGAUCAGGCCAGAGGGCCUCUUGGUUUCUUUUCUUGCCUUCCCCUACUUUACUCGUAGAAUAGAUGUUAUUCUCCCUCCUAUCACUGCCCAUGCAGUUUCCCCAGCCACCUUUGCUCGCAUUGGCCCACCUGCCUACACUAAUCUUUUAAAUCCUCUCUGACUGUGAUGAAAACCCUGGUCAGUAGGCCCUGUGUGACCUGCCUACCUGCCAGCAUUACAAAUGUGCCAGAUGGUAACAUUUGAGCAGGUGAAAACCAG